AUGUCCCCCCUCAGAGGCUAUAUUACUUCUUAUUCUCCGCGAGUCCGCCAAUAUGGAAACGCGCUUCUCGCACCGGUCAUUCCUCCAAGCCAAACCGGUCCGACACCUCGAAUGACAAAGAGAGGAACAGCGGCAAUAAACUACGCUGAAGAUGGGUUUGACGACGACGACUUUGAGGACAGUGAAGGUCCCCGACGACCCACUGGCUUGAGGAGCCUUCGACGGGAAGAGUCGACUAUUGACAAGGUUCCUUUGGCGGAAAAGUUGGGCAAAGAAGUUCAUACUCCUGUUGAGGUUCAAGGGGUAUUUCGGGACUGGAUGAUUAAGAGGAUGCUGAGGCCUGUCUGCGCCGACCAACUGCAGAUUCAGGCGCAGCUCCCCCUCACCCUAAUACCCAUUCGCAUUGAUUUAGAAGUUCCAGCGCAUCAACCUCUAGAACCCUUCCAAUUGCCACGAACUGUUCUGGAUCCCGGUAUCAACCCUACUCUCCCCGGCUAUAGAAGACCCGAGCCGUUGCCUGCGUACAGGAUCAAGGAUACAUUCCUUUGGAACCUUCACGAAGCGCUGGCAACUCCUGAAGAAUUCGCUACCGGCUUUGUUCGUGACUUAGACCUACCCAAUCCGCAGGCCAUGACAAUGGCAAUCAGCAAUCAAAUUCGUCAACAAUUAGAAGAAUAUGCCGGUGUUGCGCUACAUCCGCUAUUUCAAAGUACAGUGCCAAAGCUGCCUUCUGCCAGCCAAGCUGGUGUAUCGCGCGAUGUAUCCGCAACUCCCGCUCCUACCCAUGCCGCCACGCCUGAUAGCAGAUCCAACACUGUGACUGUAAUCAAAGAACCGUUUGUUAACGACAGUUUCUUGAAUCCGGAUGAUGCAUACCGAUGCAUGAUUAAUCUCAACAUUAACCUGCAAAAUAAAUUAUACACUGACAAAUUCGAGUGGUCUCUGCUACAUCCUCCCGGCAUGGCAGAGGAAUUCGCGAAAAUCACUUGUGCCGAUCUGGGUCUGGGUGGAGAGUGGGUUAGCGCUAUUGCACAUGGUAUUUAUGAAGCUGUUCUAAAGUUGAAGAAAGAAGUUUGUGAAAGUGGUGGUUUAGUCAGUGGCAUUGGCGGCUAUGGAAAUGAGAUCGACAAUCAGGCGGCCAAUGGCACUGAGGCCGGCUGGCGUUAUGACCCGGAGGGACUCGGCGAUGAAUGGGAACCCAAAGUGGAGACGUUGUCAAAGGAAGAAAUUGAGAAGCGGGAAGGUGAUCGUGAACGGCAGAUCCGGCGUCUACGACGAGAAACUGCUAGGUUCUCUUCUACUGCAGGCAUAACUCCAGACGUUUCUCGACAAGGUAGCGGGGGCUAUUUUGACGUUGACAGCGAGACCCCUCUAGAGGAGGUACACCUGGCGGACGUGGAACUCCAGACACCUCUUCAGGCGCCGGGUAUGGCGGUGGCGGCGGUACAUUGUCCGAUUGGGAACGGCAAAAUUGGCGGUGCAGUAACUGCAUGGUAUGGGGUACCGCUGUUUGGGCUGUUCGGGAUGGCCCUGCCGGUCCAAGGACACUUUGCCACAAUUGUGGUCUCCUAUACGAACGUGAUAAAGUUGCACCGGAAUGGUCCAGAGAUCUACACCGUCAUGAUAUACCGAUUGGCCGAGCAUAGUACCAACCGAUUGACAUGCUUGGCGUAGCUUUCGUCGCCAGUCUAUGCAUAUAGCUUCGGUAAGACGGUAGUCCCUAGUCUUCAGUUCAGAGGGCCAGGAAUGUAUAGGUUGAGCGUAGCUGACAUUGGCCGGUCAAUAGGAUCCGUUACGAGCGCAACACCAUAAUUACAUUUAGUGGAACUAAAGACUGUAUCCUACAUCACUUCAGGAUUGGAACAUAGUCCCUGUACUUUUUCAAAACUUUGGCCAUGAUAUCUUUAAUGAACCCUUUACAGUUAGGAUUCGGCGUCUUUGAUGUGAUUUAUGUCUUGUUUCU